AUGUCUGACAAUGAUUUGAAACGUAAUGUUGAAGAAUUGAAGGAAGAGAAUGAAGUAUUAGCCUUAGGUAUCCAAAGGACAAGAUUAUCUAUAAAAAGAUUAAAGUUAGAAUACAGUGUACUUUUAGAGAGGCUAGAGGCAAGAUUAGAGAUAGAUCCUGAAUUGAGUUAUGAAAACCCUUUACCCACAUUGGAGUCAUUUAAGAAGGAAUUGUUAACAAAACCAUUAAAAAAGACAAAAAGUAAGUCUCAAAAGGCAAAAGAUAGAGAUCCAAAUUUACCUAAGAGACCAACCAAUGCCUAUUUGUUAUUCUGUGAAGUAAAUAAAGAAAAGAUUAGGCAAUCGGGUACACAAGAUGUGACAAAGGCAUUGGCUGAAGCUUGGAAGAAUUUAAGUGAAGAGGAUAGAAAACCUUAUUACAAAUUAUAUAGUGACGAUAGGGAAAGGUAUAAAAGAGAAAUGGAAAUAUAUACAAUGAACAAUGAAAAUAAAAAAGAAGCAGAAAUUAAAAGCGAGGAUAAGACAGAAGAUAUUAAAUCAGAAAAUCCAAGCACAAAAGAAGCUAGUAAAGAAGAUAUAGAUAUAGACAUUGAUGACGAUGAAGAUGAUGAUGACGAAGACGAUGAAGAGGACGAAGACGAAGAGGCAGAAGAGGAUGACGAAGAUGAGGCAGAAGAGGAUGAGGAGGAAGAAGAAGAGGAAGAAGACCAGGAUGAGGACCAGGAAAAUGGUACCCAAGUUGAAGAAGAUAGUAAUGCUGCUGUAGUUGCCGAAGAUGAUGAUGACAACAAUGACAAUGACAAUGAUGACGACAACGACAACGACAACGAUGGAAUUUCUGACGAAAUUUCUGAUGUCCCAGCGAGUGAUAUAUAA